GUCUUCUCUUCUCAUUUUUUUUUAAUAAAUAAUUACCUCAUCUCACGGAUCUUGCCUCUCUCUUUCCUAUUCUCAUGAGCAAAAGUAGAACCACACACACAAUUAAUGGGUAUAUAUAAGUCUUUUUAAUUGUAGAUGAGUUAUAUUAUAAACACUACUGGAGAGAUAGAGAGAGAGAGAGAGAACAUAUAUAACAUACCAUAUCAUAUCAUAUCCUAUAUAGGAAUUUAUACAUGGCAUCUUGGAAGAAGACCAUUGCAACUCCCUUCAAGAAAGCUCGCACUUUCUUCAAUCACCAACAAUCCACUACUACUAAUAACAAAUCUCAUCAUCAUGACCUCCAACUCCAAGAAGAAGAAGAAGAAAACAGCAGGGAGAGUAAUAGAAUAUUGGUGAUGGAUCAGCUUGAGGGUGAAGUCAUGGCAUGUGCUUAUGAAGAUGUCCAAGUCAUGUGGUCUAUUCUUGACAAGUCCAACUCCAACUCCAACCCCAAUUCCAACACCAAUCUUCUACCAUACAAAAUCACUUCUAAUUAAUUACAUUACAUUAUUAUGUUAGCUAAAUUAGGGAAUCCCUCUGAUCAAUUAAAACAAUUCAUUAAAAAUGAUCACUGUGAGAUUAUUAAAUUAUCAAUUAAUAUCAUAUCUUAUAUAUCUAGUUGUACUA